AACGGGAGGGAGGGACACAAAGACCCGGAGASAAAGUUGGAGAGAAAGACUCUGAGCUCGGUGGCCGGGAGAACAGCAGGAACACACCGGGAGAACACCGGGAGAACCGCUCACUCUCUUUCCGUGGAUUUCUCCGGUGCGGGGAGCCGCCGGGCACGCGCCUGCUGUGUGUGUGCGUGUCGGUGGAACUUUGGAUGAAUCUAAGUCCACGAUGAGGAGCGAGCCCGUUCUGUUCGCGUCCAGCAGGGCGAUGGAGGAGCUAGUGUCUGAGCUUCGACUGUUCCUGGAUCUGCUGGACAGGGAGUACCUGAGCGCCGGAGUCCGAGAGAAGAAGACCCACCUCUCUAACAUCCUGAACAGAGUCCUCUCAGACAAAGAACCAUCAUUUAAGUCUGAGAUCCACAGUGGUCUGCCGACCCCGCCUCAGAUGCCCCUCCCAGAGAUUCCUCACCCCUGGCUGGCUCCAAACAAUGGCCCUCCUCCGCUGCCCACCUCCUCACUUCCAGAAGGAUACUAUGAGGAGGCAGUUCCUUUAAGUCCAGGGAAGGCUCCGGAGUACAUUACCUCCAAUUAUGACUCGGAUGCCAUGAGCUCUUCCUAUGAGUCAUAUGAUGAUGAAGAGGAGGACGGGAAGGGCCAGAAGAUGCACAUCCAGUGGCCCUCUGAAGAAGCUUCCAUGGAUCUGGUGAAAGAUGCUCGGAUUUGUGCUUUUCUGCUUCGCAAGAAGCGCUUCGGCCAGUGGACCAAACUUCUGUGUGUCAUUAAAGACAACAAACUCCUGUGUUACAAAUCUUCUAAGGACCAAACCCCACAAAUGGAGCUCACCUUGUCAGGAUGCAGCAUCACCCACAUCCCCAAAGAUGGCAAGAAGAAGAAGCAUGAACUGAGGAUUGUCCACCAGGGGGCAGAUGCCUUGGUGCUGGCGGUGCAGAGCAAAGAACAAGCCGAGGAGUGGCUGAAGGUGAUGAGGGAGGUGUGUCUUAAUGGAACUGCAGACCUGGAUGGGUCAGGAUCUGGAUCACCUGUGUACAAAACUGAAUUGGAGAAGAGAACUUCAUGUGACAGACCGAGCUCAGAUGGAGAGGCCAGCCAUGAGAACGGCCACAGCGACAGUAAAGACCAAGGAAAAGCAAAGAAAAACUCAAAGUCUGAGCAGAAAACUGGGACUGUGGGGAAGGGAGCCAGCAAGAAGAUCACCAAGAUCAUCGGACUGGGGAAGAAGAAGCCAUCCACAGACGAGCAGACGUCAUCCGCAGAGGAAGACGUACCCACCUGUGGCUACCUGAAUGUACUGUCCAAUAACCGCUGGCGGGAGCGCUGGUGUCGCCUGAAAGACAACCAACUGCUCCUCCACAAGGACCGGGACGACCUGAAGAGCCACGUUGCCUCCCUGCCUCUCCGAGGCUGCGAGGUCAACCCCGGCCUCGACCACAAACAUCCGUUUGCCUUCCGCCUGCUUCGUAAUGGCCAAGAAGUGGCUGUGCUGGAGGCCGCCUCCUCUGAGCAGCUGGGUCGCUGGUUGGGGGUUUUACUGGCUGAGACCGGCUCCACCACAGACCCAGCCACUCUGCACUACGACUACAUCGAUGUGGAGACCACCGCCAACGUCAUCCAGCUGGCCAAGCAGUCAUUUUGCUUCACCAGUAAGCGUGCCGUUUCUCCCAGUCCGUACCGGGAAAACUCCACCAACGGCUAUGCCUGCCCCUCCGGCGUGGCUCUGCACUAUGAUGAUGUACCCAUUAAUGGAACGGAACCGAAGACGCAGUACUCGUCUCCCAGCAGCAGAGGGCGUCAGCGGACAGAGGAGGCUCACUAUGAGAAUGCAGAGUUGUAUGAGAAUAUGCCCUCACCUAAGCUGACCUCCCGCUAUCCUCCCAAGGCUUCCUUUCCUCCUGUCUCCUCUUCCUCCUCCUCCUCCUCUGCUGGUCCCCACAGAGCUCCUGUUUCUAAACUCUCCUCUAAGUUCCUGUCGAAUGACUGUAAACCUAAAGACUCGUCUCAGCUGAAAGGAAAGAAGGGAGCUACGAGCAGUGGAUUUGGAUCAAAACAGAAGGUGGAGCCAAAGAAUCAGCUCAAGAAGAAUGGAGUCAAUGGGAUGAAUGGGGGCACUUCUGUGAAACGCAACAACUCCAAUGACGAACAGUGCAAAUAUGGCAAGAAUCGUGUGGAGGCCGAUGCCAAGCGACUGCAGGCCAAAGAGGAUGAGCUGAUGAAGAAGAAGCAGGAGAUCAGGAGCCACCUGACCCAACUGAAGAAGGAGAGGAGGGACCUGCGCACUGCCGUGGAGGCUGCUGCUGGAAAACGCUCACUUGUGUCGCUGUCGGAGCGCCUGAAGAAGGUGGAGGAUGAGUGCAAACAGAAGGAGGAGGAGCGGGUGAACCUGGAGCUGGAGCUCACCGAGGUGAAGGAAAGUCUGAAGAAAGCCCUGAGUGGAGGGGUCACUCUGGGCCUCACCAUCGAACCUAAACCCGGUUCCUCCGGCCUCCAGUCUCCAGCAAUGCUUCGAAGAACACAGGAGUCUUCUCCGUUCUCCAGCUGUGACACCAGUGAUGCAGAGUCCUGCUCCCUGCCGGUCAACAGCGCUUCACUGCUCCGCCGGCAGCAGAGCGGCCAGAAACCCACCCCAGUCCGCGGACAUGUUCUCAAGAAGGCCAAGGAAUGGGAACAGAAGACCGGCACAUGAACCUGAACAACCAUCAUCAGUCUGACUUUCACUCCCUUCUCUGCUGAAGAAACUGUGUAUAUUUAUUUAAAACUGGUCAUACAGMUAGAGUGUGCUGAAGAGGACACAAUCAUACCGUUGACAUGAGCUAAACUAAAACCAGAAGCCAGCUUUUAUAUCCCGUAAGCUGUAAGUGCUACAGCUUGAUGCCAGUAUGAUUAGCUGUCAAUUCUUCUGAAGCCACCUCACAAUUUUCCUUUAAAAUUCUUUCCAGCAGUUUUAAAAGGCAGAACCAGGUAUUUAUUUGUAAAUUUUUAUAGGAAAUACUGACUUCCCUUUUUAUUUAUGUUGAUAUAUUUAAAAUACUUUGAGAAUUUGUGGCUAGUGAUCAAUCACAAAACUGGAUCCUUCAAGAACACACAAGAACACAAUAAUGAAAAUCAGCUGAAMAACAGUUCCCUUAAAGGCUGUUCAAAGAAGCAGAAUUACUUCAGWCUGAAGCUAACAUGAAAUUGUCUAAUGUGAAUCAGUUCAUCUAUGAAUCAACUGUAUCUUCAAGCCUUAACAGGUUGCAUAUUACAGCUUGUUGACCCUUGACCCUAAAACAGGUAUCAAAGACACAAACACUGCAUCAACAAAGAAACAUAAGUAAAUAAUAAUGUUUAACUUUUAGACCGAUUAACAGGAAGUGUUUAAUUUCAGUGGAUUGUCAUUAAUGCAUUUAAAGAUGCACCUCAUUAGAUUGAUUUUGAACCCAUUUUGGCAAUACAGAUAAAAUGUAAUGUUUUAGUUAUUUUCUACUUCAUUUUAGUUAGAAAGCAUGGGCAGGUGAGUAGUUUAAACAUGGUGAGGGAAUACACAUGCACACAGUUUGGUAAGACAGAUACACAGAGUUCGUAAACAUUUUGUCAACUCACAUUAGGAGUGAGGGCGGCACACAUUUGGACAAAACUAUGGUUGUAUGUUUGUUAUAGAUAAAUAAAAUAUGGAUUAAAAUAUCUUUAUUCUAAA